AUGGAACAAAGAAACUCACGAAACAAUAAUUUUAAUAAUUUUAAUAAUUCUGACCUAUCUGACGAAGGUGUUUCAAGUUCAACAACACAUCGAUUAAGAAAGAGACUUCCUAUCCAACAAGCUCCUUAUUCAAUAGAAAGAAUAAGAGCCAGGAAAGCUGGUAUACCUACCGAAAUUGAUGAAAAAGUUUUAAGAAAGGAAAGGGAGCUGGAAAAUGAUAAACAACGUUAUAAUUAUGAAUUGCAAGAAGAUGGAUUUGUUGUUCGUAAUUCUGACGAGGAACAAGAAGAAAGUUACUCUAUUGACAAUAAUUUACCCAAAACCGUUUUAAAUAAACGUCAACGUUAUGAAGUUUCUUCGAUUGGUUCAAUACAUUCUGAUGACGAACCAAUAAGUCAAGACAAACCAAAAUCUCCCAGUUCUCGUAAAAAACCACGAACAGAAGUUAAGAGACAAAAACAAUUUAUUAAUCCUGAUCUCAUUAAACCUGACAAUGUAGUUGUAGAAAUAAUAUGUAAAAGAUUUAAUGAGUCUAUUGAACCUACUGAACCUACUGAAUUUGAUGAAGACUCAAAUAAUGAAAGCUUUGUUGAAAUGGAUAAUAGUAAAUCUAUCCAAUCUAUUAGUUCUAAUCCAUCUAUUAGUUCCUCUGAUUCAAUAUUGACGACUUCAGAAGAUUUGGAAGAAGACAAUAUAUAUGAUCAUUCAUUAGGAGAGUCUGAUAUUUUAGUGAUUGAAGAGAAUGAAUUUCGAAUUAGGAACGAGUUUAAUGAGCGCAACAUCCAUCCUUUACAUUCUUCGUCAAUGCAACGUAAUAAUGAAAAUCAUAGAAUAAUUGGGCGAGAAGUUCCAAAUACUUCGUCUAUACGACAUAAUAAUGAUUACAAUAGAUUAAUCGGAUUCACUUCAUCAAUUGAACGAGACAUUCCAAGUAUUCCUUCUAUACGACAUAAUAAUGAUAACGAUGAAAUAAUACGAAAUAGUAAUGAUAGAAAUAGAAUAGUCAGAACCAAAUCGUCAAAUGAACGAUCCCUACUCACACCGUUAAUAAGACGUAAUGGUAAUCAUAAAAAUAGAAAGAUUGAAAGGAUAGAACGAGAAACGCCCUUCGAUCAACGAUUAAAAUUCAAUCUCCAAUGGGCAAAAGAAAUGUCCAUACCAUCAAUCGAUAAUCCAUUAUUUAAAGAAUACACGAGUCGAUGGUCAGAGCUCUUCAAUCAAUUGGCUUUUGCGGUACCAUUAAAUCAACCGUGGCCACCUGAAGCCAUAGAAGUUAUUAAAAAUUUAAUAUUGCAAUUUAAAAGCAUGAAACCAAAUAAUUCUAACAUCGAAGAACCAUAUAAACUUUUAUGUUCUUUAAUUAAAACUUUCCCUAGAGUUAAAAAUAAUCUAGGGGAGAUUAGGGAUAAAAAAGAUUAUUUAUCGAUACCUUCAAUGGUUGAAGUUUUUUAUUCCCUAACCAAUAAGAUUGUUCAGUCGAUAACAGAUAUUACUCCUAAAAAAUUUUUGCGAGAAUUUCAAAUUAAAAAUUUUCACCAUUUUAAAGAGUUAUUUAAAGCUCUUGAUAAUAAAACCACCUCAUAUUAUCAAGACUCACAUGAAAAGUUGGCUCUUAUUCUAGGAGAUUUCCUGAAGAUGUUAUCACCUCGUGAUAAUAUAGCAAUGUUAAAUGAAACAUUAGAUAUGUUUAAUAUAUCAACCAAAAGAUUUAAUACAGUAUCAGAACCCACGAAGAAAGGACUAAUUAAUCUACAUAGAAUAUUAGUAAAUAAGUUUUAUGAGUCAGCAGAAGAUGAAACUGAUUUAAGGCUUAAAAUCAAAGCUUGUUUGAGAGCCAUUAAAUGGAAGGUGACAACAAAAGCUCAAAAUUAA